AUGUCUUGUCUCAGGGGCCAGCCCUCCUUACGCCGCGAAACAACCAUGAUUGUCGAGAUCCGUGACGGAGCCGGCAAGCGCUGGGCAGGCAUUCCGCCGCAGUCCGGAAGGAACCGCACAUGCACAUGCGGCCGGCUGCCCGGGGCGAAACCUCGCGUCGCACGACGCCGAGCCAGCGCCGGCAUGCCUCCUCGCCCGCUCAAGACUCCCUCCCCGACGUCGCGGCGACUGCCCUGGGACACGGAGGAGAGGUUUGUCCACCUCUGCGUCCGCAAGUCGCCCGCGUCUCUCAAGCUUCUCCGCGUCGACGUCUCCAGCGCCACCUCUGACCAGAGCGUCUUCAGAAGACUCCGCGACGCGUACUAUCGUGAGCGCGGCGCCCAGCCUUUCCGGCGGCUGCACGAACUGACCGGCGCGGAAUGCAUGGACAGACUGUCCCGGUCCGUCGCCCUGCUCAGGCCAAAGAAAGUCCAGUUCAUCACGUUCCAUCUCACCAGUGCCGACGACGAGAUCGUACACUUCGCAGAGUACACGAACUCGCCCGUAGAGGAGCGUCUGUUCCGGCACCAAUAUUCGUUGGCGUAUGCCACCGCCUCGUUUCCGUUUCCGGUGCUGCCGAGCAUUUUCAUGUACAUGUUCGAGAACUCGACGCCGUCUUGCUCUCCUCCGCUGGACGUCAUGUUGAGGCUGCUGUCGCAGGAGAGGGCCCCGAGGCUCCAGUUUGAUCCGGCUUUUCGGGGCGCAAAGGAUGUUCCCCGCGGCUUUGGCGUUUUGAUCAUUGAGGAAUUGAGUCCCGCCGCAGUCUGCUUGAUGGCGUUUACGAUUGGGGUGUUAGUUUUGGUGUGGGCGGGUUUGUGGUCUGCACGGGGGCAGUAA